AUGGGUGACUUCAACGAUUUAUUGCAUCAAAGUGAAAAGAGGAGCCGAGCACCCCACCCGCCCUGGUGUAUUACGGGGUUUGGGGAUGCAGUGGCGGAUUGUGGGCUUCAGGAUAUGCCGUUUUCUGGAUACCAGUAUACAUGGGUCCGCUCACGGGGAAGGAGUAAUAUGGCGGAGGAAAAGCUAGACCGGAUUCUCGUGACUGAGGACUGGAGGACUAUGUUUGCAGAGACUACGUCGUGUUCCUUACCUUGUGUUUAUAGUGAUCACAUUCCGUUGCUUCUAACUCCGAUAGUUGCGGUAAAUGGUGUGCGUCGGAAACGGUUUCUCUUUGAUAAUAUGUGGCUCAGGGAGGAUAGGUGUCGUGAAAUUGUAGCUCACAGCUGGGAACGAACUAGAGGGCAGGAUGUGUUACAUAGAAUUGAAAUCUGUGGCCGUGACAUCUGGAGAUGGGGGAAGUCUUAUAACAGGGACUUCAAGAGACGAAUAGACCAGUGCAAGUUAAGGUUGGAGAGGUUGCAAUCACGGUAUGACCAAGGUAGUGUGGCAGCAUAUGAGCAAGCCGAAAGGGAUUAUAUAGCUGUGUUAGAGCAGCAGCAUUAUUUUUGGAAACAGAGAGCGAAAGAACACUGGUACAAGGGGGAGAUUGCAAUAGUAGGUAUUUCCAUAAUUCAGUAA